CGGUCACUCAGUUAACUGGGUCAGCGAUUCUCAACAGCCAGCAACAACUCACAACGCAAAAACCCCGUAACGCCGUGUUCCCCCGCUGCCCUCACGCCGCCAUGUUUCCCACACUUGUGCGGCGAUUGGCACAGGCUGCCAAGCCGCAGCUGAACGCGGCGGCCGCACAUCCCGAGUACAAGUACAAACUCAAAAAGGUGUGGCCGCCCGACAUCCAGAGCAUGACGCCGCAACAGCAGCUGCGCUUCGAGAAAAAGUACAAGCGAAGGUUAAAGCUCGCCACGGCCCGACCACGGUGGGACAAGUUUGUACGAUUGGCCCAGCUGUUUACAACAACAUGUAAGGUGGCCGUCACUUCCAUCAAGAGUUCUUGGAUAAUAAUUGACUCUGUUUGCCUAGUCGUCCUAGCAUACGCCGUGCUCUUCAUGGACUGGAAAGACAUCCCCACCCCCUUUGACUCGGUGAGAUCUCUUUCUUAUUUUCCCAGGCCCGCUUCCGAUAUUUGUCUAACCUUCUGUCAAGAUUCGCGAGAGGUUCUUCAGUUUCUUCGGCGUCUUUACCGAAGACGCGAGAAAGCUCACCAUGAAGAACCAGCCUUCCGCUCCACCGUCGUCCCCUGGGCCGACGAGUAAGCAGUAAUCUCAUCAUGGUGCGGCGUCGGCUGCCGCGUCUCCCCUCCACCUUG